AUGGCGUUAGUCGGACUAUGCGUUAUUAUCGUCGUCCCCCUCUCAAGACACCGCCAGUGGCGAAGGAGCCGGCGCAGGACUCGAGGAGACGAGGAGAGCGACCUGAAUCCCCGGCGAUCGUCCUUGCGCGAUCAAAAGAUGCGGGAGUUGCAAAUUCGUGCCGGACCGGAUGCGCUUUUGCCUCUCAUCGAUCCUGUGUCCAACAUUUCAUGGUCGGAUCUCCGCUCGAAGAACUCAAGCGCCAGCUCUCUUGAAGAGGCCACCUAUUCGUUCCGCACCGAUAACGCGACCACCUCGCACGGCGGGUCUAGGGCGGAUUCCCCCAGCGGCAUGGACGAGUCCGGACAGGGCGUUGCAGACACAAAGAUGUCGCCGCCGACCUCCAAACGAAACCCGACCCCACCGGGCUUUUCGUCCAAGAUUGACGCUAGCACAGCCAGUCCGCAUCGUUCUUCUAUGCCUUCUCUGGGUGUCGUUCAACCAUCUACUGCUGCUAUGUAUCCUCUGACCCCGGUCUCGCCCGUAUUUUCGACGGUGAACAGCAGUAGCAGUCGUUCGAGGGCGGGUGGGCAUCGUCGUGGAAUGGAGCCGGUCAUGGAGGACAGCAGUGACCAUCAGCCACCGCCGGUGCGCCAGCUGCCGUCGCCACCCUCUUCGCCUGACCAGCCCCAAGCGCAAUGGCAAGCGAGCUCCAGUAGACAUCGGCCCAGCGUUGCUAGCACCCAGUCGUCCCCGUCCGCAUUGCCAUUCCGUCCCCGUUCCUCCACUGGACCUUCGAUACCUCUCGCAGCGGCAUUUCAAACAAGUACGCUCCAUUCGCCAAACGCGCACUCAUCGCAUGUCUCGUCGACUACUCAGCGGUACCCAUCUAUCACCACUCCGUCUUUUCGCAAUGUUUCCCGUUCGCGAGCUAGUACGGUCUCGCUAGACGUUGGUCCAGACGCGCAAGUACAGACGGGACGUGCUACGGACGCAUUUCGGCGCAUGAGCACGACUGAUAUUCGGCACAGGCGCAUCCCUUCUGCGGCCACAGCAGUGCGAGAGCAGCCGCAAGCAUCUUCGCAUAUAACAGGGCCCGCACAUCUUUCACAAUUCCAGGAAGCUGGUCCCUCGAUGUCCCGCAGACAGUCUGUCAGCUCAUCAUUCGCCCCGGUCCCCUCGCCUCGCCCGCUUCCCUCACCACCUGUAACCGCUCAGCUACCCCACUCCCAGUCGUCUACAGGCGCCGCCCUGUCGCCUUCUGGUUCUCAGCCUCGGUGGGGACAACAGCUGCUACAGGCCCAACAACAGCCUGCCCUUGUAAGGCGUAAGGACAGCUUGGCGUUGCGUCCCCUUCCUGCAUCCCCCUUCGUCCAGACAAUCCCCACUAGUCCUCCGAGCAGGGCACCUAGCGGCUCCUCAUCAUCGACCCGUAGCAGAUCCCACAGCGUCAUGAGCGAACGGUCGCUUCCUCGUCAUUUACCGCCAAUAGGGCCUUUACCGCCAAUGGAAAUGCCUCUCUCGCCAUCUUCGAGUGGUCACGCACCAGAAAAGUCAGCAUGA